UUUAUAAAUUAUCCUUAUUUUUGGUUAUUUGUCUCUGUCCUUCCCCACCCCCUGCUGAAGCGAAAAUAAGGGCAGGGACCGCGGCUCCUACCUAUCCGUAACCUCCCAUACCCGUUCCUCCCCCUCCCUAACGCUGAGCUUAGUGCCCUGCACACAGUAGGCGCUCAAUAAAUGUUCGUGGAUGAUGAUGAUGAUGAUGAUGAAAAAAAUGCAGCAUCAACGGCAGCACCAAGAGGACCACGCGAACGAGGCAAACUAUGCAAGAGGCACCAGACUCCCUAUUUCUGGGGAAGGACCAACUUCUCAGCCGAACAGCUCCAAGCAAACUGUCCUAUCUUGGCAAGCUGCAAUCGAUGCUGCUCGACAGGCCAAGGCCGCCCAGACCAUGAGCACCUCUGCACCCCCACCUGUAGGAUCUCUCUCCCAAAGAAAACGCCAGCAAUACGCCAAGAGCAAAAAACAGGGUAACUCGUCUAACAGCCGACCUGCCCGUGCCCUUUUCUGUUUAUCCCUCAAUAACCCCAUCCGAAGAGCCUGCAUUAGUAUAGUGGAAUGGAAACCAUUUGACAUAUUUAUAUUAUUGGCUAUUUUUGCCAAUUGUGUGGCCUUAGCUAUUUACAUCCCAUUCCCUGAAGAUGAUUCUAAUUCAACAAAUCAUAACUUGCUGACUGCCUCUCACUUCUCUGCUGUGCUCAAACUGUCUGAAAGGGGGUCCCCUCUACCCAUCGAGAGCAUCUCUGCUGCCCACCUCUUACCUCCUGUGGAGCCACUGAGGGCACAGCUUCUCCGAGGCUCAGCCUCGGUGCUUCCCGGCAAGCAAGGGGGCCUACACAAGCACGCCAUGCCUCACGAGAUAUAA